UAGUUAGUUUGAUCAAUAUCAUAAAUGAUGAAAAUAGAGUUAAAAGAUCGUCCGAUAACGCUAACUAAAGACUUAAAUACGAUUCUUUUAUCCUGGGAAAAUAUCCUAGAUGAAAAUUGCUGUGAAAACUUGGAGUUUCUAUUGUACAUUCAAGAAGAGGGAAAAUGGAAAGCUUUGUACAGAGGGCCUAAAAUUACUUACAAAGUCAAAAAUUUAACACCACAAACCGUUUAUAAGUUUCAAUUAAAAUUAUUUCAAGAUGAAAUUGAAAUUGGAGAUGUUAUUUUUAAAUCAGCCACAGAAUUCGAACCGUAUCGGGUUCAUCAUAUUACGAGGGCUAUUUCACAAGGAAAAACUUCGUUAUUAAGAAAAAUAGUUAAUCAGCGUCCAAUUCUUUUAGAAACUCCAAACAAGCAAGGAAAAACACCCUUAGUUUUUGUAAUUGAACGAAACGACUUAUCAACAACGACUUUUUUAAUAACAUUAGGAGCAAAUAUCAAUUCUCCUUUAUUAGGAAAUUUAAGAACGCCGUUAAUGAUCGCUUUAUUUCGAGGAUAUUUACAAAUAGCUUCGUUAUUAAUCGAUAAAGGUGCCGAUGUUAACCAAACUGAUUGUAACGGGUUAACACCGUUUCAUUACGCCGUUGAUUCUGGUUUAUUAAUUUCUGUAAAAUUCGCCGUUGAACAAAAACUUAAUAUUAAUGCUAAAGAUAAUCAAGGAUGGACGCCGUUAUUAAGAGCUGUAAUUUUGGAAAGUGAUGAUAAAAUUGUCAAAUUCUUAAUUAAAAAUGGAGCCGAUACCAAUAUUCGUGAUAAAAACGGGUUUGGAUUUAGCGAACAUUGUAAAAUGACGAAAAGGUAUCGCUGGUGUAAAAUUAAUUUGGAAGAUAUUAAAAUGAAUUUUCAUUUAGAAGAGGGCGUUAAUUAA